UGUGUGUGUGUGUGUGUGUGUGUGUGUGUGUGUGUGUGUGUGUGUGUGUGUGUGUGUGUGUGUGUGUGUGUCAGUCAGUCAGUCAGUCAGUCAGCUGAGCUGCUCCGGUCCGAACAUGGCGGCUCCAAAGAAAGUGUGUAUCGUCGGCUCAGGAAACUGGGGUUCUGCCAUUGCUAAGAUCGUCGGGCGGAACGCAGGGCGGAGCUCGAAGUUCGACUCUACAGUGAAGAUGUGGGUGUUUGAGGAGCUGGUGGAUGGCCGGAAACUCACAGAGAUCAUUAACACAGAGCACGAGAACGUUAAAUACCUGCCAGGACACAGACUCCCGGAGAACGUGGUAGCGGUGGCGGAUCUUGUCGAGGCUGUCGGCGGUGCAGAUAUCCUGCUCUUUGUGAUCCCUCAUCAGUUUAUCAGCCGAGUGUGUGACACAAUCCGAGGAAAGAUUAAACAAGACGCUCUGGGACUGUCACUUAUCAAGGGGGUGGAUGAGGGUCCUAAUGGCCUGAAGCUGAUCUCUGAGGUAAUUCGGGAGAAGCUAGGCAUUAGCAUGAGUGUGCUAAUGGGAGCCAACAUCGCUAACGAAGUGGCAGAUGAGAAAUUCUGCGAGACCACCAUCGGCUCUAAAGACAAGGCCCACGGAGCGUUACUGAAGGACCUGAUGCAGACGGACCACUUCCGGGUCACUGUAGUGGAGGAAGCGGACGUGGUGGAGAUCUGCGGUGCUCUUAAGAACAUCGUGGCGGUGGGCGCAGGGUUCUGUGACGGUUUGGGUUUCGGUGACAACACCAAGGCGGCUGUGAUCAGACUCGGUCUGAUGGAGAUGAUCGCCUUCGCGAAGCUCUUCUGCUCCGCCGGUCCCGUUUCCUCUGAAACCUUCCUGGAGAGCUGCGGUGUCGCCGAUCUCAUCACCACCUGCUAUGGAGGACGCAACCGGCGCGUGGCUGAGGCCUUCGCCAAGACCGGAAGGUCCCUGGAGGAGCUGGAGAAGGAGAUGUUGAAUGGUCAGAAGCUGCAGGGUCCAGCUACAGCUGCUGAGGUCCAUGUUAUCCUCAAAAACAAAAACCUUCAGGAAAAAUUCCCGUUGUUUAGAGCGGUGUAUGAGAUCUGCUAUGAGGGUCGUCCUGUUUCAGAGUUCAUCAGUUUGUUACAGAAUCAUCCGGCUCAUCUGUGAGAGACACGACUCUGUGUGUGUGUGUGUGUGUGUGUGUGUGUGUGUAUGUGUGUGUGUGUGAGAGAGAGAGAACGUAUGAAAGAGCAUUACUGAUGUCUUCCAUUGUGUGUUGAUGUGUAAACUACUCCGCUGAUGUCUUAAUUUCCCAGAUCAUGGAGCUUUACGUUACAGCUGUGAAUAACAACAUCUGUUCAUUUUCUAUAAACAUAAACGUCUUAAAAGUAACACGGGCGUCAGCGGCUCUUUUUUACACAGAGCUUUCUCUCAGUAAAACUGCUUGAAUCGGUAAUUAACACAGUUUUUUUUGUGAUCACAAAACCA